GUCAUUUCACCCACCAGCAAAAAUUAAAAUGACUAUAGGAACUUUCUUAUCAUUAACGUUCUCUAUAAGUUAUGUUUAUGCUGUGUAUUUCACUUCUCUCUCGAGGGGACAGAGAGAUGACCCUGCUGUUAUGAUCUCACGUAUGAAGAACGUUGUUGUAUCAAAUAUAGCUUGUUUGAUAGUUAUUGUUUAUCUAGAAAUGAAGCUACAUAACCACUCUCUAUUUCUGGGAUUGAAGCAGACAGGGUUAUCUAUACCAAAUAUAGACGCUUUAAAACCUAUCAUAUUGGCACCAAUUUUAUAUUUCGGUCAUAUAGUCGCUUCUCUUCUCACAAAAGAGCCACUUUUACCAACUGCAUCGGAAGUCAGAUCACUAACUUUUGUUAGGAAUAUUAUAGUAGCUCCUAUUACUGAAGAAAUCACCUUUCGCGCGUGUAUUAUAUCUGCAUUCAGAUUAGACUCACAUAAAUGGUCGAAUACGUCGAUCAUUCUUUUAACACCUUUGUUCUUUGGAUUGGCACAUGUUCAUCAUGGUCGACAAAGAUAUCUCAGCUCAGAUAGAUCCAGUCAGGCAUUCAUACGUGAAAUGCUUGUAAUUGCAGUACAACUAACAUACACCACACUCUUCGGUUCAUUUGCUGCAUAUGUCUUUUUAAGAACUAAUUCAAUUUGGCCUUGCAUACUGACUCAUAUGCAAUGCAAUUACUUUGGUCUGCCAAACUUCGGUCUCAUAAACGAGGUUCAAGGUGUACAUAGGAAGGUCACAAUUGGUCUAUCCUACACAGCAGGCAUAGCGCUCUUCACAUACUUACUUAGAUCACUCUGAUAGAAACAAUAGACGUGUACUUCCACUCAACUAUUGUAUUAGAUUCAC